AUGUCUGAAGAAGUGACUUACGCGACACUCACAUUUCAGGAUUCUGUUGGAGCAAGAAAUAACCGGGACAGAAAUAACCUAAGGAAAAGAGGGUGUCCAGCUCCUUCCCCCAUCUGGCGCCAGGCUGCCCUGAGUCUGUUAACUCUUUGUCUGAUGCUGCUGAUUGGGCUGGUGACCUUGGGGAUUAUGCUUUUGCAGACAUCUCAUGAAAUUAACUCAGAUUCAGAGAGAUUAAGUCAACUGCAAAAAACCAUCCACCAACAGCAAGAUAACUUCUCCCAGCAGCUGAGCGACUACAGGAAUUUUCCCACUGAGGAGGAGCAUCUCAAAUCCCAGAUCUCCAGUCUAUUGAAGCGGCAGGAACAGAUGGCCAUCAAGCUCUGCCAAGAGCUGAUCAUUCGCACUUCAGACCACAAAUGCAAUCCUUGCCCUAAAAUGUGGCAAUGGUACCAAAACAGCUGCUAUUAUUUUGCAACAAAUGAGGAAAAUACCUGGAUUAACAGCAGAAAUAACUGUCUGGACCAGAAUUCCACCUUGGUGAAGAUAGAUAGCUUGGAGGAAAAGGAUUUUCUGAAGUCACAGCCAUUACCCAAGUUUUCUUUCUUCUGGUUGGGCUUAUCAUGGGAUCCAUCUGGAAAGAGCUGGCUAUGGGAGGAUGGCUCCAUUCCGUCUCCAUCCUUAUUCAGCCCUAGAGAAUACACCCAGAUCAAUGGAUCGAAAGGAUGUGCCUAUUUUCAGAAAGGAAAGAUUUAUCUUUCCCGCUGCAGCGCUGAAAUUUUUUGGAUUUGUGAGAAGACAGCUACAUUAGUGAAGAUCGAAGAUCUGGAUUAAUACGCAUCUUCCGAACUCACCAAGAUGUA